ACAAAAAAAAAGGGGGUACAAGUAGGGGAAUUAAAGCUGCAAAAGUGGUCACCAUUUCCAUUCGAAGACUCGUAGUCUAGUACCAGUACAAUUUCCUUGUAGGAACAUAUUAUUGAAGACUAUAGCAGCUUCAUUCCUUUCGGACCGCUGUAGCAGAAAUAGAGAGUGAGAGCCAGAGAGCAAAAUUAUUUAUUGAUUAGUACAAAGAGUAAGAGAUCAACCAGAGAGAGAGAGAGAGAGAGAGAUGGAGAUCAAUAAAAGAAUGUGCAAUGGCCUCGUCGUUGUCGUCCUAAUUGCUGUUAUUUUCACCGUCUUUAUGCCUGCUGCUGCUGAGGGUCAUGUUCAUCAUAGCUUCCCUCCAGCCCCGGCUCCUGCUCCCACCAGUGACGGGACAACUAUUGACCAGGGGAUUGCUUACGUCUUGAUGUUGUUGGCUCUGGUGCUUACAUAUCUCAUCCACACCCUGGAAGUUCCCCUCAACUUCCAGGUUAUUUGAUUAUAAAUCCAUCCGACUAUUGCCCAGGAGAGAGUUAUAGGCUAAGAGUGAAUUGAAAUGCACAAGUAAAUUGUUAGAAAGACUUUCACGAAUGCUUAUGUAAUGUCGUCCUGGGACAUACAUUAAGCAUCUUACUAUGGGAUUCUUUCGAGUAAUUGUUGCAUUAAACUGCUAUUUACUAGAACAGGUUUUGGUUCAUC